AUGAGUAUAGAAAUUCCUGAAGGAUUGACGGAGCUGUUGCAGAGCUUUACCGUGGAGGUGCUGAGGAAUCAGCCGGGAGAUUUGCUCGAGUUCGCUUUGCAGUAUUUCACCCAACUGAAGAACAGUGAAAUCAGAGGAGCCGCGUUUGGCAAUGACCAAAAUUCGGCCACGAGACCCAGUGGGAAAGCGGUCAAUUUCAUUGAGGAAGCCAUGCAGAUUGAUUCUGAAAAUGGAGAGGAGGAGAGUGACGACGAGGAAUUCACAGCUCCUGUGAUGAGUCGAUUUAUUAGAAGAGCAUCAGUGUGUGGCGAGGCAUUCAACCCUGAUGAAGACGAGGAGGACAAAGAGCAGAGGGUUGCCCACCCUAAAACAGACAAGCAGAGGCAAAGACUACAGGAGGCCUGCAGAGAUAUCCUCCUGUUUAAAAACCUGGACCCGGAACAAUUUUCGCAAGUACUUGACGCCAUGUUUGAGAAGUUCUUUGCGGUAGGAGAGCACAUCAUAGAUCAAGAUGACGAUGGGGAUAACUUCUACGUUAUAGAAAGAGGGAUAUUUGAUAUCUGCAUGAGGGUUGAUGGCAUUGAGAAGACUGUGGGAGCCUAUGAUAACCGGGGGAGCUUUGGAGAGCUGGCCCUGAUGUACAACACCCCCAGGGCGGCUACCAUCAUAGCCACCUCGCCUGGAGCUCUCUGGUGCCUGGAUCGUCUGACUUUCAGGAGGAUCAUUGUAAAGAACAACGCGUUGAAGAGGAGACUUUAUGAGGAGUUCAUUGAAUCUCUUCCAUUCCUUACGUCACUAGAGCUUUCAGAGAGAAUGAAAGUAGUGGACGUGCUGUCUUCUAAACCAUUCAGCGAUGAAGAACAGAUCAUCUCUCAGGGUGAUCUAGCAGAUUGUUUUUAUAUAGUUGAAUCUGGUCAAGUUAGAAUCACCAUGAAAAGAAGCAGGACGAAAAAAGACCAAGAGGAUGAGGAGGUCGAUAUAGCCACGUGCUCAAGAGGGCAGUACUUUGGAGAACUGGCUUUGGUCACGAACAAACCCAGAGCUGCUUCAGCUUAUGCUGUGGGAAGUGUUAAAUGUUUAGUUAUGGACGUCCAGGCAUUUGAGAGGUUGCUGGGCCCCUGCAUGGACAUCAUGAAGAGAAACAUUGCAAAUUACGAAGAGCAGCUGGUCACGUUGUUUGGAAAUAGCACCACUGACAUUGAGGGAAAAAACCUAUGA